AGGGGGCGGCCCGAAAAGUCCUCCAUCGUUCCCACCAUUCCGCGUCUCAGGCGGAGCGAAGUGGAAGCGCUGUCCCGGCUGGUCACGGCGGAGAGCCGCGGUAGCCAAGUGGGGUGCGAGCUGAGGAUGUGACACGGCGCCAAAGGGAGGGGAAAAGAGAAAGAAAGAGAAGGAAAGUUAGGGGCGAGGAAGCGCAGCUACAGACAGGCGAAGAGCCACCACGAAGAGCGCCCGCUGUGGCCGUACCGGGAGCGCGCUGAGGAAGGGGCUCGCGGGACAUCGGCGCUUUCCCGCCUGUGGCUCCGUCACGCUCCGCGCGGCCGCCGUCCAGGGGUGACUCCGAUCCAACAUACCAGAGACUUCAGGUGACUUCACAGUGCUGAAGGAGGGUCGUGUGCUCAGCCAGCAUGUCGUCCAAAGGGCCCAGCUCCAACAACAUUGCCCACGCACGGAGGGCCGUUCAGCAGCUGAGGAUAGAGGCCAACAUCGAACGGAUCAAGGUGUCCAAAGCCUCCGCGGACCUGAUGCGCUACUGUGGGGAGCACGCCAAGUACGACCCGCUGCUCAUGGGAAUACCUGCUUCAGAAAACCCCUUUAAGGACAAAAAACCCUGCACUAUACUGUAAUGAGACGCCUCUCCUGCAUUUUAUGUCAUUUUUUUAUUUUAUCAUCAGCAAUCUGAUUAAAAGAAUACUCUAAUCUUCCCCAUACUUAACAAAUAAAUAUCCCGGUUAAAUUGCAGCUAGAGUGCCACCCCCCCCUUUAUCCCCUGCAUUCACACUUGUCGGAAUGAGGGAAGAUCCACAGAUUAUUCUGGAAGCAAUUAUCACGGAAGGGAUGAGUAAUGAGUGCUGGUUUGGGAGGAACGUUUGAAAAACCGAGGCCUUUGAUGUCUAGUGACAUAAACGUUUAUGUAGGCAAUUACCGCAGCUCCUACUCUUAGGGGAGGGUUUCCAGGUAAAGAAAUGAACAGUUGGUAAGUGGUAGCAGUACGCUGUAAUGAGCACACCCCCACGAGAGGCCUGCUUUGGUAAGGAAGGCCUGUGUGACCAUAAGUUACGGGGGUGAUCUGUCGGGUCAAAAGGUCGCUUCACACCAGUAAACGCCUCAAGAUGUUAUGUUUGUGUAAAGUGGGGCGUUUAAUCGUGCGUACGCUGGAAAUCCUGACCCCUUCCUAAGCUGUGACCUUCAGAGUCAGGCUAGACACAGUCUGAAUGGAGAUGUCUGGCUGUCCAGAUGUCCGUUUCUUUCUUUUAAAUAAUCCAACAAAGCCUAAGGGUUUGCAGACAAAACAGUAAAAAUUAAGCCUGGGGCCAUUAAUGAAAUCAAAUUUCAACAGAUAGCAGUUGAUCUCGCAGGAGAACCCCCCCCCCUCCUCCCCGAAAGUUAACGAACAUGAACCUCAUGUGUGGAAGGAGUGUAACAGCUGACCCAGAAGGUGUCCUCCUUCUAAGUUAUUUGGCUGCUUUUUUCAGAUUUUCCUUCUCAACCACUAAACCUUUAUUUGUUAUUUCCAAUGUACUUUCUUUUUAAAAUGUGAUCAGGACACUACUUAUCGCUGUAUUCAGUCCUCCUGAUGGAAACUGUUCACUGUAUUAAUAUGUCAUUUCUUUCCAGGAGAGCCUGUAGGCUGCCUGUUUAACGAUGCUGACCUGCGUUGGGAACGUUUUGAAUUGCUGUAUGGAAACGUAACAUACAUUCUGUGCUCCUGAUACCUGCUUUUAGAACUUGUUCCACGUCUAGCUUAGCUGAUCUAACCAGCGUUGUGUGUGGUUUUCCGAAAGGCAGGUUGACCUUAACCCUUUAAAUGCAGAUGCCUUACAGAGUUAUGAAGGAUAACUUUGCUAUCAGUUUGUUAAUAACUGAUGUCUUCUAUGUGUGCCAUCUCGUGUACAGUUCGUUCUGGAUAUACCGAAACAACCCGAAUGUCUGAUUGUAUUUAACGCCCAGCGCUCUAAGCCGCUCUGGUCCCCAGCAUCCUUGAUGCCCAGGGGGUCCUGGCUUGGUGUUUAGGAGGUGUUUUGUCUCCUCUCCACGGCUCAGAAUUCCCCCAUGAGACGGGGCGUAUUAACGUUUUGAUGUUUACAGUCGUAUUCAGCUUCUGACCACUGAUGACAAGCCCUGCCGCCAAUUUCAUGUGAUCUGACCACCUUUCCGAUGGCCUUACUAUCGCCGUGCGUCGUCCUCCUUGAACCCGGCCCGUGCGGAGUGGCCCUCGAUCACAGCGACGUAGACCCAGCAGCAUCAAAGCCACGUGCGCCGCAUGUUUUUAAAGCGCCAUCUUUAUGAUGCUCCACGUUGCUGUAGUCAUUCCUGGAAUUAGGCAGCAGUUUCACGAAACUCCACUGUGCUCUGGGGGUGGGGGAGGGGUGAAUCUGUAUUUGUUUAUCAAAUGAAAGAAAAAAAAAAUUGCAUUUUUUGCCAAGUCUACUCUUGUAAGUGGUGGAUUUAAACCUUUUUUAGAUAUUAGGUUUUUCUUAAUUAUAAAGUCUAGAAACAUUUUUCUGGUACUGUACAAGUGGAAUUUGCUCUUACUUUAUUAAACAUAAAUCUGUUGCAAUUGUU